CUGCUUUGCCUUGAGUUAUAUGGACGCCGUGGUCGAGUCGAUUGUUUUCAACUCAGACCUGCUUCGACAGAGUUCGCUACGGUCGCCCAGUGUGGCCAACUUCAAAACUCCUGCUAGAGUUUUUUUCCGCCCGCGUUCGGGCAAGUUCGGUAUUUUUCGGCGGGCAAGACACCCCCCCCUUCCACCUGUUAGAUCCGGGGGGCACUUUUUAAUUACGAGACGCCGUUUACCGCGAGACAGAUCAACUCGCGUCGCGGCUGCAGACAGUCCUCCAUCGAGUAUUGGCGAAUCGGGUAGAUUUCAUCCGACCGUUAACGAAUAUGUAGUCGCCUUGUAUAAGGGAUGCUAUCCCUCAAGUCCAUUUUAGUAGAUUAGUCUGUCUGCAUAGUUUAGUUAUUUGCCUUAGAAAUUUUUCUCUUUGAAAUUUAUUAUUAUGAAGAAAUCAUCCGCGUCCUGCCGCGCAAUUCGCGAGCUCCCGAGCCUGGCUGACUCCACGACUGCAGCGUGCUGGGCAACUCCCCUGUUUUGGUGAGUGAUAAUUCGCGAACCCUCCUUUUUCCCUUUAAAUUUUUUUUUCCGGGCAUUUUCUGCCCCAUAGACUGCCUGUAUACCAGUUCUAAUCAGUUUUGAUUUGGACUGUUGCAGACAGGGUUCGAUGACCGGGAGAGAUUGAUGCUCUCAUCUCGUGGCCUCCCCCCCUUCCCUGUUCCGUGGGAAGAAACAUUAGAAGAAACUUUUCUACCACCCGACGUGAUUGUUUGAAGACCCCGGGUGGUAAUGUAAUUUCAACAUUUCCCCUUUACCUAGCGACGUACUAUCUCAGCCGGAUGACCAACCCACCAGCGACCAGUGAUUUUCUCAAGAAAAUGUAAAACGAAUAGAACUAAUUAUCAAUUUAAUCAUGGGAUCCAUCCACUCAUAAUGCAAAUGUUUAUAUUUCAAACUAAGAAUGUAAAUUAGUUUAAGUAAGCGCUGGCCAGCCCCAAUUUCGUGUUCCCUUUGUUAAUCUUGGAAAAUUGCUAAAUCUUUUGUAUGUAUGUUCAAAUAAUUGAAACAUGAUAUUCAUCAGGGCAAAUAAAACAGGGAAACUAUAGAUCAAGUUAAUCGUGUAGUUUUUAUUUUAUUGAUUAUAACGAUCCCCCAACUUCCCCUUUGCUUGUUACAGGAAGUUCCUAAAUUGUGUUUGUUCCCACCUCGUGUCGCCUCUGGUAAAUCAUUUCAUUUAACGUAUUUUUGUUCCAGCUUGUUUCCAAGGCUCUUUUAAUUAAUUCCAAACAAUUCUAUUUUAAGGCACGAGGGGUGUUACAUGCUAUUUUUGUCUCUGUCGCACUUUGUUUCUAGUCGUACGGUUGAGCAUUUAUAUGUUUACAUUACUGAAAUGUAUUGUAUGUCAAUUAUUCAGUAAAAUACUAACAUUUUAGCAUCAUUUAAAAUUUUGUAUUGUUGAUUGUAACUUUUACUGUACAUAAAUGUUUAUACUUUUAAGUUGAAAUUAAUGUUUCCUUUUUUGUUUCCCAUUUUCGGCUCUUUUGCGGAUUAUCCGCGAUUUUCACUAUCCGCGGUGGCCCUGCCACUUAAUUUCGCGGAUAAUCGGGAGUGUACUGUAUCAUUCUUUUCAACAAUGAUGAAAGUGAGUCUUUUGCUUUUAGUAAAAAGUGCUCCAGUAACAAAACAAUUUCAAAUAGAUGCAUUAAUCACAGAAUGUGGCCUGAUGUUAUUCGCCUGCCUCCAUACCAGCUGAUUUGAACCCGAUUGAGCUGGUUUAGGCAGAAAUCAUAAACCAAAUCCGGGAAGCAAUCUCUUCAUCGCUAGAUGAUAAAAGAAAAUUAUGCGAGGAGUUUUUGAGCAGCUAUUCUGUGGACAAAUGGAAAGAGUGUUGCAAGCACGUUGUCACCACUCACCACCUCCGACUAGCUCAAAUUAGGUAAUGAGGAACAUACAGGUUGCAGGUCAUGAAGAAAGAAGAAAUUUAGACACAAUGUUCUAUGUAUUACCUGUUUUUUUAAUUCACGGAAAAAAUCACACUAUAUUACGUACAACAUAACACACAAAAAAAGUUAAACUGUACCUCAAAAAAUAUAUAAAACACUGAGCCAUCGCCCGGCCACGGCCUGCUCGGCCCGCAGCCCGACCACGACCGCUCGGCCUGGUGCUCGGACAAUGACUGACCUUACAGCCUUCCUUCCCUUUGUGCGGGCAGUGUCCUGGGCUCGCUGAUGUCAUUUUCAGCCAAUCACGGCACAUGGCAACAGAGGCUUAACGAAAUGCUUUCUUCUGUUCCCACGAUGCAGCGAUUUUGUAUCUUUCUCGCACUCCCGUGACCGUGACUCACACGCCUAGCGUGUGAAACAAAGCCUUGGUCGUGGCAAAAACGAAGGAAAAUCACUUCAGCAUGCCUUCCCACACAAAGAAGCCAGCAAAAAAAAAACUUCAAAAAAUAAAAACUGCAAACCCGGAGAAUUACGUCCACAAAAACUUUGAAGAAAAAAAAAAACUUUACAUCAUUUGAAAACCUAACCUGAAAUAUGACUAAAAAUUUAUAACAAAUUAUUAUUACUGUAUUGCAUGAGGAAGGCUGUAAUCUGGGUUGUUACAAUGUGAAAAUACCGUAUGGGACUAUGUGAAAAAGUAAAGGAAGAAUUGACAUUGAAAUUUAUAAAAUAAUAAUAAUAAAUUUCAGAGUUUCAAGUGACAGGGACAUUGCAAGCGAUACAGACAAUGGGGAAAGCAGUCUGUGAUUCGGAAUAGAUGAGUAUUCACGAAUUUGGUAUCCCUUGCUUUUGAUGCUGGCAGCAGGGAUUGUGGUUCGAAUGGGUUUGUCUCAGAUACUGCAUUUGCCAUUUCCAUUAGGCCUGAUGUUUUUGGGAUUUUUUAUUGGUUGGCUAACCAAGCGAAUUCAGCCACCCAAAAUAUUUGAUUAUGUCAAUUACAUUCACCCAAAAAUUUUAUUGCUUCUUUUCUUGCCAGUUUUGAAUUUCAAGACAGCCUACGAAAUGGAUGGCCAUACAUUUUUCCGGAUCUUUUGGCAGAUUUUUAUCGUGGGCCUGCCAGGAUUUAUAUUUUCAUCAAUGAUUACUGCCUUCAUUUCGAUGGUUCUCUUCCAAUCAUACUAUUGGCAGUGGACUAAGGCAUUCAUGUUUGGUGUAAUCGCCAGCACGACAUUCUGUCAUGAUGUCGUCAUGAUGCUACGAGACUUUGAUCAGUCCAAUCCACUGGUAACCCUGUUGGAGGGAGAAAACUUACUGGGAGAUGCCACUGCCUUAGCUGUUUUUUACACCAUCAUUGCUAAACGGCAAAUUGUAUUAUUUAAUAAACUAGGCCUACUUUAUUGGGAUAUGUUGUUUUUUGUGAUCCAUUAUUGUGUUAAUGGUAUAUUAAUUGGUUGUGUCUGUGGCCAACUGACAUUUACCCUGUGUCAACGUGCCAUGACUGAUAUCACCUGGAAAAUUAUCAUGAUUCUGUCAGUGUCGUACAUCACUUUCUUCUUGGCCGAGGAGAUAAUAGGGACAUGUGGCGUGGUACAGGUAUCACUCCUAGGAAUUUUCAUGGGUUUCCUGAAAAGUGCUUUCAAUGACAAAUUGGCGAGCACUCUGAAACUCACGUGGGAGAGUCUGUACAUUUUUACGGAAACAAUUGCAUUUGUCGUUAUCGGCAUUCUUGUGAUGGAUGCCACUUUUGACGUGAUAGAAACCCAAGAUAUACUACGAGGGUUUUUUACUUACAUUCUUUGCAACACAUCAAGGGCAGUUAUGUACAUGGUGUUGCUGCCAGUAUUGCAGCCCAUAGGGUAUGGCUUAAGCUUCCGUGAUGCAGUGAUCGCUGUGCUGGGCAGUCAGUACGGAAUAUUGGGCGUCAUCUUGUCACUGAUGGUGAUGCUCCAGAUGGGGCAUGAGAAAAUGGGCUUGGAGUUUACAAUCGAUAUUACUAUCAUGAUGAUGCUGAAAUUCAUCAUAAAUGGCUUUUUGGCACCACAUUUCCUCAGGGAGCUUGGCUUAUUGGACAUUUCCCAAACUAAGAAGGCAAACAUGAGUAAUGUUAUCCGGCUGCUUGGGGAUGCCCAGAGAAGAUUACUGAGUGCGCUACUGUACGAGAAGUUCCUAGCAGGGGCCAAGUGGAAGACCGUGGAACAAGCAACAAGAAUAAAGAAUCCAUACACCCUGGGUAGAAAGGAUGGUGUGGUUGAUGAAUUUGCCCAAGGAGUGAAGGAUGCUACAACCUGUCCUCGCUGUUUGGAGCAGUCCCUUCCUGACGUGCCUAGUGAGGAGGAAGUGGAGGAAAUGAUCAAGGAGGCUGAGAUCAGGCUGUUGAAAACUAAAAUGGCCUCCUACAGGCGUCAGUUUGAGAAUGGAAUGCUGUCCAGUGAAGGAGCCAAUAUUCUUAUUGCUGCUGUCAAUGAUGCACUGAACAAAGGAGAAAUGAGUGUGGAUGUAAACACACUAGCAGCCGGCUGGGAGUUAAGGGCUUUUGACAAGAACCUGAGCCAUUUUCUAGCAAAAUUGAGAAAGUUCAUUGAAUGUCACCAGUAUAGUGCUGAAAACCUGGAACAUGGAUGGCGAAAGAUUCUUUAUAAUAUAGCAACCAAUAAAAUAUUUGACAUAUGUAUCAAUAUGGUUAUAUUUGUCAAUGCUAUGCCAAUCAUCUUGCAGAUAACUCUAGAACUCCCACGUGGUUACCCAGAGUCUAAAACAUUUGCUGUCAUAAACAGUGCCUUUUUUGUGAUUUACUUCAUGGAAUUCAUUAUAAAGAUGCUGGCAUUUGGCUUUGUUCAGUUUUUACAGUGUCACUGGAAUAAAGUGACUGUAUUGAUAAAGUUAAUCUCUCUCGUGGACUUGAUCAUAGACUAUGUCAGUAACUUCUUGAAUCCAACUGACCCAACAGUUGCUUUAGUUGCAUGGGUUUUCCUGCUACUGCGGUUCCUUCACUUCCAGAGUCCUUUAAGGGCUAUUAUUUCAUUAUGUUCAAGUAUUUCAGACAGAUAUGUCAGUAGAAAACUCUGUCAAAAUUUUGAGCUACAAAAAUGCUUUAUUAAUGGAGAAGAAGAAGUUUUGGAGAUGUUGAAGGAAAUGGUAUAUCAUCGACAUGUUGCUGAUCAUAUAAAGGCAAAAAUUGAAAAUAAUCUUUCUACAAUGGAAAAAAGGAUGGGUAAAAUACUGUUGGAGACUCCUGACAUAGAAAUAACAGUGUUUACCCGCCAAGUUGCAGUCAGCACUCUCAAGCAUUUAAAAGAAGCUAUCCUUAAGCAGUAUACUAGAGGGAUGUUAGAUGAGCUGGAGUUUAAAAAUCUGAAUAGAGUAAUGGAAAUGCGACUGUCCCACAUCACAACUCAUUAUGAGAUGAUAACAAUGAGCGAUUAUCCGACGUUACUGAGGGGGGUCCCGUGGAUAUCUGGCAAUGAAGAACUUGCUAUAGCUAUGGAGGUUCAAAGUAAAAUCAAGAAAUUUGACUGCAUAAAGACAGUUAUCGAUGCAAAACCCUUAAACAAAUUUUAUGUAAUUUUGCUGGGUUCCGUAAAAAUUCUGUAUAAACCAACUGCACGCAUUAUCCACGACUUAAAAGCUUACGGGUCGGUCCCUAGAAUUGAUUACUUCAGGCAUCUAGACUUCAGCAUACAGCAGGAACACACAAUCCCAGCAGGAAAUUUGAUUGGAGAGAUGGCACUUGUGACUGAUGGCGUUUACGAUGCUACUGUUUCGUGCGUCACACCUGUAGAGAUGUAUGAAGUUCCCAAGGAAUCCAUUGAAAUAACUCCAACUGUUGAACAUAAAAUUUGGAACUCGGUGGCUACCCGUUUAGCACCGCUGAUACUACAAAGUGCACCGAUAUAUGUGGCCUAUAAUACGAAGGCUGCCUUGGCUCGUUUGGAGCGAUCAUUCAUUAUAAACUUAAAACUUAUUAAGAGGUUUCGAGUGACCAAGCUGGUAAAGGAUGUGCUCCUAAUUAACGGCAUGGCCAGAGACGAGCUUGGUGGAGAGAUCUUCAUUGGGCCCUACUAUAUUCCUCGCACAGUGCACAAACUGGAGGUUCAUUAUCCAAGUUCCCCUGAGAAGGUAGAUAAUGUGCCAAGCAUUCUGUUUAUAAUACCAGAAGAUGAAAUUGGAAAAGAUGAGAUCAUGCAACAGAUUUCAUCGGCAUCCACUGAACACCAAUCUCCGCGAUAUAGAUGACAACCAUAUAACUGAAUUACAAAGAUACCACAAGCAUGCAUUUCAUUGAAUACUUGUUCAAUCGUGCAGGACUGCAACAGUCGCUUUAACACAAGAAGAGCAGCUUCUAUUCUAAUAAACAAUUGCAUGUUACAAAAAUGUUUUAAGAAUUUGUUUACAUAAA